UUGCACUCAUUUAUGUCAGUCUUGAGAGAUGAACUUGCAAAAGAAUACAAUGUGCAUAACUUGUUUUUGGAUAUAUUUGCUCCUUAUUCAACUUUUACAAAAGUCUAGUUUUGGACAGAGCACACAAGGUAAUAUAUCAAAUUCCAGCAGUUCAGCUCCACAGUUGACUUCAGACACAACAGCAGCUUUAAGUACAUCAAAUUCCAUCAGUUUGACUUCGCUGUUAUCUUCAAACACAACAACAGCAGCAGCACUCCAUAUCACAUCAACAAAUUCAAGCACUUCAGCUCCAUGGUUAUCAUUAAACACAACCACAGUUUAUAACACAUCAACAAAUUCAAGCACUUCAGCUCCAUGGUUAUCGUUAAACACAACUACAGUUUCACCUCCUGGAUGUUCAUCUCGGCCUUCACCACAAUGCUGCACAGACAGAGCUGAUGCAUGCAAACCUCAAGGAGAAAGUUGCCACUGUGAUUCCUCAUGCUUGCAUUUUGGAGACUGUUGUUACGAUUAUGUGGAUUUCUGCAUAAAGAGAACUACAGUGCAGCCUAGCACAUCCAGUGUUGAACAGUCAACAACUACAGUUUCAACACGAGGCAUUAGUUCUACAAAUUCCAGCACUUCAGCUGCACAGUUAUCUUCAACCAUAACAACAACAAUAGCAAACACAACAACAAAAGCAGCAAUAUCAAAUAUUGGUUGUGCAUCUAAGAAUUCCCCACUGUGCUGUGCAGACAUAAAUAAUGCAUGCACACCUAAAGGAGCCAGCUGUAGUUGUGAUUCUGCAUGCACACAUUUUGGAGAUUGUUGUUCUGAUUACACAAGAGUCUGUGUGAUUGCUUGCAAGGGCUUAUCCUGUGGUCCUAAUGCCACAUGUCAGUGGAAUGGUACAUCUGAAAGUUAUAACUGCACAUGCAAACCAGGAUUUUCAGGAGAUGGAACAUUCUGUGAAGACAUUGAUGAAUGCCUACAAGUAAACUGUAGUCGAAAUGCUAUCUGUACAAAUACAAUAGGAAGUUAUAGCUGUGUGUGCAAAAAUGGCUUCACAGGAGAUGGAACAUCCUGUGUGGAUAUUAAUGAAUGCUCAUAUAUAAAAUGUGGUUCAAACUGUAACUGCCAAAAUACAGAAGGAAGUUACAUCUGUGUGUGCAAUGACAGUAAUGCAGGUACCAAUUCAACAAAUUUCAACAUUUCCAGUAUACAGUUAUCUUCAGUAACAAAAACAACAACAACAACAACAACAACAUUAUCUUGCAAGGACUUAUCCUGUAGUCCUAAUUCCACAUGUCAGUGGAACGGUACGUCUGGAAGUUACAGCUGCACAUGCAAACCAGGAUUUUCAGGAAAUGGAACAUCCUGUACAGACAUUGAUGAAUGUCCACAAGUAAACUGUGGUCCAAAUUCUGUUUGCAGAAAUACAAUAGGAAGUUAUACUUGUGUCUGCAAAUAUGGCUUUACAGGUAAUGGAACAUCCUGUGUGGACAUUAAUGAAUGCUUACUUGUAAACUGCGGUCCAAAUAGCAACUGCCAGAACACAUUAGGAAGUUAUAUCUGUGCAUGCAAUAAUGGCUAUUCAGGUGUGAAUUGUAUAAAUUCAGUUAAGUGUGAGAAUAUGCUGUGUCCAUACCAUUACUGUGGUGAUGUAUCAACUUGCAAGGUACUGCCAGAUACAUGUAGACUUUCCUGCUCAUGUACAAGUAAUGUCUGCCUGAAGCCUGGAACCAAGUUUUUUCCAAGUCCUUCUCAAGAUACGCCAAUGAGAUCAGUUUUAAUGAAACUAAAACUGAAACAAGCAUAUCCUGGCAUUGCCAAUGACCCAAACAGUGCAGAUUAUAAGAACCUUGUACAGUCCACAGAUAAAGAGCUUACAUCUAUUCUAAAAAUGAUACAACCGAUGGCAUUUGCCUACAAUCAAAAUAUUACAUUAAGCAGCGAAAUGGGAAUUCUGUAUGCAUAUGUGGAAUCAGAUUUUUUCUACUGGAGUAACAGAAGUGUAAUAGAGCUCCUCAAUUCAGAUUUAAAAUCAGCUAUCAUCAGUGCAGUGAUAACUCAAGCAAAUAAGACAAGGGUAGCUCGAGAUCUUUCUGUCAACCUUGAGCCACCACCAGAGUAUAUUACUGAUAAAGUACUACUGACUCCAGAACAGCUAGCACCUCACUUCAAUUGCUCCUCAUUGGGUCAAGCUGACUAUACACUCUCUUAUGGACCAGAUGGCUUUGUUUGCACAAAAAAUUCAACAACUUGUACAGAAAACUGCCUAAAUGGAGGAGAAUGUCAAAGAAACGACAGUGGAUCAUAUUGCAGCUGCAGACCAGUAUCAAUUUAUUCACCAUUUGGAAAAAAUUGUGAAAAUCUUGCCCUGAACCUCAAUGCUUUUUUUGGUAUUCUUUUUGGAGCCCUGGCCUUCCUCUUGCUGUUGUUAUUACUUAUUUUCCUGAUAGUUUGUUGCUGUUGCUGCAAGAAGAGAAAUGAACCUUUACCAACUGUUGACUACAGUAAUGAUUAUCAAGAGCCAGGAAUCAACUCAACUAUUUAUAACGUUCAAAAAAAGGAAAAAGCUGAGAUGAACAAGACUUUGAUGAUGAAUGACCUAUAUGAUGAUGUGGUAAAGUGGAAAGCUCAUGAAACCAAAUCCUUUCAGAAGUAGGGAAUGUAAUAAUUUAAUGGAGAAAGCCAUUGCAAUAUGAACGAUACCUAGAAAUAAAUUGCCAUUAUCCAAUCUAAUCUCCAAGAAAGAACGUUAUUAUUGCAAGGAAUGAAGACUGCUGUUGAUCUGCAUUGAAGACAUGCAUAAAGAGCCAUAUAAUUAAAGUCAGUAAUUGUCAGGAAAAGAGGACACUGCAUUAUUGCUAUUUCUUCUUUAGUCUUAUCUUCUUGACUGUAUAAGAUUAUUUUAAACUAAUCCACAUGCUUGUUUCUGUACCUUAGAUUACUUGAGUGAACAUUUUACCUGUCUUGUACAAUAAUUAAAAUAUUUGUCACUUGCAUAAAUUAGGAUUCAUUAUUUUUCAAACCUGCACACUUCAUUUUUCAGAAAUUAUGAACUUCUAAGUAUUAUUAUAGUAAAACAUAAAGAAGCAGCAUAUUGUAAGUAAAGACUGAACUACCAGCAAUCAUUUAAUAUCUUUCAUUAAUGCAGUUAUUUAUUUCUGUAAGUCUGCACUUAUAAAACUAAAAUGUACAUCAUACUUAAUUUGUGUAAUAAAGUGCAUACGUACCUGGCAGUGUA